UAGUCGCCCGCCAACAUCACGACGUGUCGCUCGCGCCUCGCGAACGUCGGAUUUACACGCAACUCACCCUACCACCCUACGUCGCGUCAUCGCGCUGUCACUCGUCGGUGUCCGCGUCGAUUCCGAUCGAGAAGAAAGUCGUGAAUCCGGAAGUGAAUUUUGCGAAUUUUUUGCCGGUAAUAUAAUUCGGGUUUUAAUUUCAAAACCCCGUCACAACAUUUGUAUUUUUUUCCCGAAGUGCGGCAUUAGUGUAUUACUCUAAUAAUGUGCUCCGAUCGACUCGUUAAAAUACGGAUCGCGCGAUCGCGAAUUAACGACGAUUGAUCGAAUGGCGGGUUCGUUCGAUUUUUGACGUGUCCGAUCGGAGCGAGACGUUUCUCGCGAUCGAUGGAGCGGAUCGAAGUGACUGAUCGUUGUACUGACGUAAUGAUACAAUAAUAAUAAACGUGCGUGUCCCACUCGUGAUUCCGGAUAAAAGAGCGGUGCCUGGUGAGGUGCUUCUCUUCUCGACGAGGAGAGGCGCCGUGAGAUACCCUAUGCGACGGGGACAUGGACCGGAAGUGACUGCGUGUCUCGCCGUCAUUGCGGUAAACGGCGCGUAAAAGUGCGCGUAACCAUCGAGCCGAGCACGAGGUGUAUAUCCGGGGGUUUUCCCGAAUCUAUUGUGUGCCGCGAAGAGAAUUCCCCUACGGGAGAAUCCGCCGCAGAGAUUUCGGAGAAGACCGCAUUGCAUUCGCAGCGAGACUCGGAUGCAUUUCCGGGAGCGGAAUCCCUCGUCCUGGGAAAUUCAUACGCAGUGUGUCCUUAAAGUGUAGUUCCGAGAUCGAAUAUUUCGAAAGAGAUGUAUGUCUAAAGAAAGGGCUCGAGUCUAACUACUCAUCAUGAGGAUACUCUGGAUCGUGGUGGGCAUUUUAUUCGAGAUACACUUGUACUUUACAGUAAGCCAGGCCAAGCAUCAGCAGAACUCAAGUGCCAAUAAUGCAAUCGCCCCAUCGAAUCUCGCGGAGGGUAAAAAUGAAGAUGUUCUUGAAGGACCAGUUGGAGAAGUGCUCGCUCAAAGUGGUGGCACGGCAGUUUUGCCGUGUAAAAUCACCGAUCCUGGAGCUGGAACCAUUACAUGGGUGAGGAGAAGAGACAGGCAGUUGUUAACAGUUGGUACCAGCACGCAUUCCAUCGACAAGAGAUUUUUCGUUAGGCACUCAAGCACCGAUUGGCAGCUCUUGAUACGUACCGUAACAGUGGACGAUGCUGGCAUCUACGAAUGUCAGGUGACGUCGCAUCCGGUGCAGCAAAACUUUGCUCGCCUGAAAAUCACGGAGGCGUACUCGAUAAUACCAGGUGCACCUGAUCUGCACGUGAAGCAAGGCUCGAGUCUCAGCUUGGAAUGCCAACUUAUGGCGGCCACGGAAAAGCCUCUUUACGUCUUCUGGUAUCGUCAAGGCCGUAUGAUAAAUUACGACGAGGAGCCCGGUGUCGACGUCAAGCUCACGCCAAGCGGCUCCAUUUUGACGGUGAACAAAACGAAGCUUACGCACAACGGCAACUACACGUGCGCGCCUAGCAACGCCAAGGCGGCGUCUGUCAUGGUCCACGUGAUUGAAGAGGAGGAGAAGCCGGCGGCGAUGCACGGCGGCGACAGGAGGAAUCUCAGCCCGGCAAUUUUGGCGAGCAACUUUCUAGUGUCCCUCCUAGCGGCCGUCAGUUGGAGGAUACCGAGUUUCACGAACCUUUACCCGACGUGAAUUACCGCCGUCCCUCCGGCGGCGGCGCUUUACUGUCCCUCUGCGACGAGGGUUCCACCGUCGAGGAAACGAGUUCCCGGGUCGUCCUGCCACGCGGCGACCUCAAGAAGAAGUUCCCGUUCGCGGGGUUACAUGUGCGCAAUGUGGUACCCACAAACUCGGCGAUACCUCCUUACUCGGUUUACCUUGUAAAACGUGUGUUUUUUCUU